CACUGCCCUCUCGUGCCCUACACAACCUGCUGCCUGACACCUAAGAACAGCUGCUCCUGCACUUCCCUCGUCACCACUCACACCGUGUGGCCCUUCUCCACUCACUGUUUGCUAUUCACCCACACAGGUCAACACUGACUGACCUCCUGGGUGGCUGCACAAAUACCACUAAGACUUUCAAGACGCUCAACCUCACCAGGACCUUCCUACAGAAAACAAAUCAGCUCCACCGCAUAUAGCCUGUACACAUCACCACCACAUACCGCACCUUUUGGGGCACUAGAGGCUGUGACACAGCCUGCGCGGCCCCAACAAAGUCCCAAUAAAAAGAAGCCGUUGUCCCGUUACCGCCAGGCCGCUCCCAGCUGAGCUGAAGGUCAGUUCACCUCGCCUGCCUGCACCUUCGUGAACCCACACUCCACAGCCUCCGUGGCUGCUCGGUGCUCAGUGCUCCGGGGCGAGGAAACACUCCUGUGGUGCCGCCGGUGCCGCCGCCAGACACAGCAGACAGCAUGGCCAAGAGUCCAGAGGUAGUGCAGCAGUACCUGGAGGAGGUGGAGGCAGCUGCAGAGGACAUACUGAGUGACCGGCAGGAGAUCAUCACACUGGACCGUCGCAGGAACACCAAUAGGGAAGCUCUGAGGCAGCUGGCUGGUGAUGGUGGGGCUGGCAAGGCUGGUGACUCCCGCAUGUGGAUAUGUGUGGGCAAUAUGUUUCUGCGGAUGCCUACGGGUUUUGUGAAGAACAGCAUUGAGAAAGAGCAGAAACACCUGGACAGUGAGAUCAACAACCUUCGCAACAGCCUGCACACCAAAGUCAACCUCCUCAAUGACUUAGAACACAAGCAAGCCACUGUCGGCACUUCCCUCAAGCCUCUGUCCCCGGAGGAGUGGCAGGCAGUGCGGCAGGUGAUGGGGAAGUAGGCUGGGCGACAGGCAAGUGAUGGGAAGGGAAGAUAGUGAUGGGAGUGAUGGGGUUUGGUUAGGUUAGUUUAAAUGGACAGAUGACAUGAUUGGGCAGUCUUAUCUCUUAGGAAGGCAAAGUGAAGUAGUGAUAGAAGAAAUAAUGAAGAUAAGUUUAAAUGAGGUUAAGAUAAUUUAGAUGAGGUUAGAUAAUUAGACGGUGUUAUCUCAAGGCAAGGCAAGGCAAGGGAGUGAUUAAGAGGAAAUAAUGCAGUGAAGUCAGUGUAGAUUAGGUUAAAGUUAUGUUAGGUGGACAGGAAACAGGUGAUAAGGCAGUAUUUAUUUGAAGGCAAGGCAAGGUAGGGUAGUGAUUGAAGUAAUGGGGUUAAGUUAGUUGAGGUGAGGUUAGGAGAGGGACCAAAUGAUAAGGCAUUGUUUAUUGUAAGAGUGACAGGGAAAGGCGACUAGGAAACACAAGGCAAGAUACAGUAACAGGAAAAGUAAUGCAGUUAGGUUAGGUUAGAUGGACAGGAAGACAAGGUAGGUCAUUUAUAACUCAAAGGCAAAGUAAGGCAGUGAAGGGAGACAGGGAGAGGCAAUAGGAGGAAGGCAAGGCAAGGUGGGGUGAUAGGGAAAGUAAUGCAGUUAGGAUAGGUUAGCUUAGAUGGACAAGAUGAAGCAAGGUGCUGGGAAGGCAGGGCAAGGCAAGGCAAGGUAGGAUGAUGUGGUGAGGUUAGUUUAGGAAGAUAGGGACAGGUGACAAGGUACUUUAUAUCUCACAGGACAGUGGAAGGUGAUGGAGAAGGUGGAAGUACAGAAGCAGGCAGGGAGUUGCAGAGUGUGCCAGUGGAAGGAGUGAAUGAUUGAGAGUACUGGUGCCUCCAUUGACGGACAGGCUGCUUGGUGCUGGAGUCUUGACCAUCUCCGAGGACUUCAAAGAUAGACACCGAGAGAGAAAAAGAUAAUCAUGUGGGGAAAUAAAUAAAAAUUGAAGAAUAUUU